AUGCGUAUGCACAAGACAGCAGGCAGCCUGUACUUGAUGUGGGACCCAGACACCCCUGACGCCAAGCCCAAGUAUGUCUCCUAUAAGGUCGACAUCAACAGCUGCGGCCCCAUGAUGCUGGACGUGCUGUUCAAGAUCAAGGACGAGCAGGACCAGACGCUGUCGUUCAGGAGGAGCUGCAGGGAGGGCAUCUGCGGGUCGUGUGCGAUGAACAUCGACGGCACCAACAACCUGGCCUGCCUGGCCAAGGUCGACCGCGACCCCUCAACUCCCUCCAAGAUCGCCCCCCUGCCGCACAUGUUUGUCGUCAAGGACCUGGUGGUCGACAUGUCCAACUUCUACGCGCAGUACAAGAGCAUCAAGCCGUACCUGCAGAAGCACCAGCCCAGCGGGGGCCAGGAGUGGUACCAAUCCAAGGAGUCCAGGGCCAAGCUGGACGGCAUGUACGAGUGCAUCCUGUGCGCCUGCUGCUCCACCUCCUGCCCCUCCUACUGGUGGAACCAAGACAAGUACCUUGGGCCCGCGGUGCUGCUUGCCGCCUACAGGUGGGUGAUCGACAGCCGCGACGACUUCACCUCUGAGCGGCUGGCGGCGCUGGAUGACAUGUACAAGCUGUACCGCUGCAAGACCAUCAUGAACUGCGCACAGGUGUGCCCCAAGGGCCUCAACCCCGGAAAGGCGAUCGCCAAGCUCAAGCAGAGCCUGCACCAGGGGGCGCCGGUUUGA